AUGGCCGAGGCCCCCCACGAGGACGACCAGCCGCCGCCCAAAGACGUGUGCGUGCAGUACAACGGGGAGGAGUAUGACUGGCCAGCCCUGUCGGGCUCCCAGGACAUCGCGGUCUUCCAAGAGAACAUUCUGCAUUAUUUCCGCGUGCCCAUUGAGCGGCAGGCCAUCUACUCCCAUGAGGGGCCCGUCCUCACUUCGGACGACGUGGCGCGGGAGCUCCUGCGCGACACCCCUCGCUUCAGCGUCUACGAUCGCGGCGGGUCCUCCCGCAGGAACCUGCUGUCGGAGCUCGUGACCACGGGGGACGGCUGGUUCGACCCGCCCGCACUCGCGACAGGCGGCACGGCCCCGCCGGGCUUCCCCGAUGCGGCGGGCGCGGGCGCGGGGCAGCACGCCGGCGAGGUGGAAGACCUGGGCACGCCGAGGCCGUGCGCCCGGGGCGGCCCCACGGAGCCCGCCGCCGACGAGGCCUCUGGCGCGCUCUUGCUGCCGGCGCCGUUGCCGGCCGCGCCCUUCUCCGCGCUGCGGUCACAGGGUCAGCUGCCUGGCGUGCCCGAGGGCCCGGAGCGGGAGCCGGUGGGGGAGCGGGGCACGCUCGCGGAGGUCGAGCAGCAGCUCGCUGAUCGCACCAGGCUGGAGCUCGGGGCCCUGGAGAGGGCGACGGCCAUGGAGGCGGCCAUGGAGUUGCAGCAGCAGAGGCUGGCGGACCUGGAGGGCUCCCUGCAGGUCAGGCGCCAGGGGCAGCUGCAAGACGAGGCGGCCCUGGCAAGGGUCGAGCAGCAGCUCUCUGAUCGCACCAGGCUGGAGCUCGGGGCCCUGGAGAGGGCGACGGCCAUGGAGGCGGCCAUGGAGCUGCAGCAGCAGAGGCUGGCGGACCUGGAGGGCUCCCUGCAGGUCAGGCGCCAGGGGCAGCUGCAAGAGGAGGCGGCCCUGGCAAGGGUCGAGCAGCAGCUCUCUGAUUGCACCAGGCUGGAGCUCGGGGCCCUGGAGAGGGCGACGGCCAUGGAGGCGGCCAUGGAGUUGCAGCAGCAGAGGCUGGCGGACCUGGAGGGCUCCCUGCAGGUCAGGCGCCAGGGGCAGCUGCAAGAGGAGGCGGCCCUGGCAAGGGUCGAGCAGCAGCUCUCUGAUCGCACCAGGCUGGAGCUCGGGGCCCUGGAGAGGACGACGGCCAUGGAGGCGGCCAUGGAGCUGCAGCAGCAGAGGCUGGCGGACCUGGAGGGCUCCCUGCAGGUCAGGCGCCAGGGGCAGCUGCAAGAGGAGGCGGCCCUGGCAAGGGUCGAGUCCACCUCCCUGGCAGCCUGUCGGGAGGCGGAGCAGCUCAGGCUCGAGGUCCAGGAGUUGCGCGGCUCGGCGGGCCGUGCGGCCGACUCACUUCGGCAGGAGGUCUGGGAGGCGCGCGAGGAGUGCGGGCAAGAGCGCAUGGCCUGCCAGCUCCGCGUGGAGCGCCAGGAGUCGGAGGCCGAGUGGUCGAUCGGCGCGCUGGAAAGAAGCCUGAACCUGCUGGAAGAGGAGCAGGCGGCGCAGCAGCGCGAGGACCAGCAGCGGUGCCAGCGGCUGGAGGCGCAGGUGGGCCAGAGCAUGGCGCGCGCCGCCACCCUGCUCGGCGAGAACGACGACCUCCGCACGAGGAUGCAGGGGCACGAGCAGCAGGAGAGGGACCUCGAGGCCACCUGCCAGGAGAUCAGGGCCACCUGCAGGAACCUGGAGGCCGCCCAGCGGCAGUUCGAGGCCACGCCGGCGAUGGGGGACGAGGGCGCCAUGCUGUGCCGGGAGUUCGAGCUGCAGGUCCAGGCCCUGCGGGGCAGGGCCCAGCAGGGCGACGCGCAGCUGCACGGCGGCCAGGAGGCACGGGCGGAGGAGCUGAUGGAGGCGCUGCGGCGCGCGGAGGACAGCGGCUCGCGCGUGCUCGGCGAGGCGCGAGCGGAGGAGGCCCAGGCGGCGCAGGACAUGAGGAGCGAGAUGGAGCGCCGCCUGUCCGCGGCCCGCGAGGAGCUGCGGCAGCGCGAGCAGGACUACCGGCGCCACGUCGGCGAGCUCGAGGCCAGCCUCCGGAGCGCGGUGGGCGCCAUGGAGCGCACCCGGGAGCUGCACGACCAGCUCCGCUGCGAGGCCGGCGAGAAGGCGGACUGCAUCCGCGCGCUGCGGCGGGAGAGCGCAGCGCUGAGCCAGGAGGUGGGGGCCGAGAGGCACGAGUGCGCCGCCCACCUGGAGCUGGCGUCCCAGCUCCGCGCCGCGGGGCUGGAGGCAGGCGCCCGCGAGCAGCGGCUGGAGGCCGAGUGCGCGGGCGCGGCAGGCCAGGCGCGCGCCCUGGAGGAGCUGCGGCUGCGGGAGGCCUCCCAGCAGGUGUGCAUCCGGGACCUGCAGGGUGCGCUGGAGCGGCAGCGCCUGCAGGAGGCCUCCGAGCAGGCGCGCGCCGCGGACGCGGAGCGCGCGCUGGAGCGGCAGCUGCUGGUCGAAGCCUCUCAGCAGGCCAGCCUGAGGGGGCUGGAGGACGCCACAUCCAGGCAAGUCCGUGAGCUGGCGUCGCAGAAGGUCCGUAUCGACGAGCUCGAGCGGGAGCGGGAGCUGAUGCUUCAGGAGCGCGCGGCGGGGCGCCAGGAGGAGGCUUCGCUUCGAGAGCAUCAGCGCCACCUGGAGGAUGCGUCGGCUGAGCGACAAGUCGUUAUCCUGGAAUUGCAGUGCGAGCUGGAUCGGCACAGCGAGCACAGCGCGCUGCAGCAGACGCGCAUGAAAGGCUUGGAGGCCACUCUGACUCAGGAGGUGUCGCAGCAGACUCGGGCCAGCGAUCUGGAGGGCGAGCUCGAGCGCAGAAGCGAGCAGUGUGCUCUGCAGCAGGGGCGCCUGGCGGAGCUGGAGGACGCGCUGUCUCGCCACGGCCAGCAGGACCAGACGCACCAGAUCCGCAUCGGCGAGCUCGAGCUGGAGCUCGAGCGGCUGCGCCGGCAGGAGUCCGCGGCCCGCGCGCAGGCCCUCUGCCUCGAGAGCGCCACCGCCGAGCAGAGCCUCCGCGGCACGUCGCAGCAGGCGCAGCUGCAGGGGCUGCAGCAGGAGCUGGAGCGCCACGUGCGGCAGGAGGCGCUCGAGCAGGCCCGCGCGAGGGAGCUCGACGACGCGCGCCAGGCCUGCGUCGGGGAGAUGGAGCUUGAGCUGCAGCGUCUUCGCCAGCAGGAGGCCGCGCUGCAGGCGAGCGUCUGGCACCUCGAGGACGCGGCGUCCCAGCAGAGCGUCCACGGCCAGUCGCAGCAGGCUCUCGUGCAGGAGCUGCGGCAGCUGGAGCUGGCACAGCAGACGCGGCUCGGUGAGCUGGAGAGCGCAGCCGAGCAGAGACGCCGGAAAGACGUGGGGCAUCAGUCCCACGUCGAGGAGCUGGCGCUGAAGCUGGAGCGCCAGGUGGCGAAGGAGGCGGCGCAGCAUGCCCGCAUGGAGGAGCUGGAGCGAACGCUGGAGCAGGCGCUGUUGAAGGAAAAGGCGCAGCAGGCCCGAGCUGCGCAGCUGGAGGACAGGGCGCAGGAGAGCGCGGGCGCUGGGACGCGGCUCCUGCAGUGCGAGGAGCGGCUGGCCGAGCUGGAGCAGGAGCUCGUGGACACGCGCGGGAUGCACCACUGGCAGCGGGCGCGGCAGAAGGAGCACGCUGCGGAGCUGGAGCGCAAGCUGGCGGACGUGCAGCAGGCGCGCGGCGGCGGAGCGACGGGCGGCCUCGAGGGGGCGCUCGAGGCGGAGGUGGCGGAGGCGCGCGCGGAGCUGGAGCUGCGCCGGGAGAGGCAGCUCCGCCAGCUGCAGCGGGCGGAGGAGCUGCAGCGCGCGGGCCUCCGGCGCGGCCUCGCCGCGCAGGCGCAGGUGGACAUCUUUGAGCGCCUGCUGCGCGAGCUCGAGGCCGGCCUGCCGCACGAGGCCUGCGCUCCGGCGCCCGUGGCGCGGGCGGCGGCAGCGCCGGGGGCGGGCGCGCCGCAGAGGGUGGCGGUGGUCGAGGCCCCGACGCCAGUGCAUGAGCCGAUCGGGCGCGUCAUGGCGCCCCUGCCAGGGGCCCCGGCGCUGGUGGCGCUGCGCGCCCCGCCCAUGCGGCGGCCCGCGUCGCCACUGCGCCUGGUAGGCCUGGGGUAA